AUGGUACUCAACUCAGGAAAAUAUAAAUUAAAACCACAGUAUCAGAGGCCUUGCAGACGCCGCCGCCCUGAGCCUCCCGCGCUGCACACCUUGGUCAACUCCAUUGUGUUCUUCGACAUCGCUAUCCAGGGAGAGUCCUUGGGCUGCAUCUCCUUCGAGCUGUUUGCAGACAAAGUUCUAAAGACAGCAGAAAGCUUUCGCGCUCUGAGCACUGGGAAGAAAGGAUUUGGUUACAAAGGUGCCUGCUUUCACAGAAUAAUUCUGGGAUUUAUGUGCCAGGGUGGUGACUUCACAUGCCAUAAUGGCACUGGUGGCAAGUCCAUCUAUGGGGAGAAAUUUCAUGACGAGAAUUUCAUCCUGAAGCAUAUGGGUCCUGGCAUCUUGUCCACGGCAAAUGCUGGCCCCAACACAAACGGUUCCCAGUUUUUCAUCUGCACUGCCAAGACUGAGUGGUUGGAUGGCAAGCAUGUGGUCUUUGGCAAGGUGAAAGAGGGCAAGAAUAUUGUGGAAGCCAUGUGCUUUGGGUUCAGGAAUGGCAAGACCAGCAAGAAGAUCACCAUUGCUGACUGUGGACAAAUCUUAUAA